GAAGAGUAGUAAGACCGAAGAAAUUAGAGACAUACAUUAAAUUGUUGGAAAGGGGUUAGAUGAUCAAAUAAAGAAACAUUAUUGACGUGGAGUAAGACAGAAGAAAUUGACAUACAUUAAAUUGUUGAUACUGAAAUAAGAAAAUAUCAGCCACUAAGUUUCUGCUUCUUCUUCUUCUAUCAUCACCUUGGUUGCAUUUUAAGGCUCAUUCAAACAUCUGAUUAUAUAAUAAUAUCAACAAAACUUUGAGCCAAUAAUGGGUAUAAAAAACAACUCAUCCUUCAUGUUCUCGAUUUUCUUUCUCCUCUUCUUCUCUUUCAUCAACCAUCUCUCCCAUGGAGCUGACACCAUCUCUGCAAAUCAAUCUCUUUCUGGGAACCAGACCAUAACCUCUGCUGGUGGGAAUUUUGAACUGGGUUUCUACAAACCAGGUAAUUCCUCAUACUAUUACAUAUCCAUGUGGUACGCCAAAGUAUCUACUCUAACAAUAGUUUGGGUAGCCAAUAGAGAUAAUCCCAUCUCUGAUAAGUAUUCCUCUGUACUCAAAAUCUUAGAUGGUAAUUUGGUGAUUUUAAAUGAAUCCCAAACCCUGAUUUGGUCCACAAAUCAGAACUCUACCACUUCCAAUUCUGUGGUGGCUGUUCUUGGGGAUGAUGGGAAUUUGAUUUUGAGAGAUGGGUCUAAUUCAAAUCAACCAAUUUGGCAAAGUUUUGAUCUCCCUGCUCACACUUGGUUGCCUGGUGCAAAGAUUGCUUACAACAAGCUUACCAACACACACCAACGUUUCACUUCAUGGAAGAACUCAGAAGACCCUUCAACAGGACUGUAUUCUCUUAGUCUUGAUGCAAAUAAUAGUCAGUAUGUUAUAUUUUGGAAUGGGUCUAAACAGUAUUGGACUACUGGCCCUUGGAAUGGGCAGAUUUUCAGCUUAAUACCUGAAAUGAGAGCUAAUUACAUCUUUAAUUUUAGCUAUCACGACAACGAGAAUGAGAGUUACUUCACAUAUUCCAUGUAUAAUCCUUCGAUUAUUUCUAGAUUGAUUAUGGAUAUUUCGGGGCAAAACCAACAACUCACUUGGUUGGAAAGCACAAAGCAGUGGAAUUUGUUUUACGCACAGCCGAGACAGCAAUGUGAGGUUUAUGAUUUCUGCGGGCAGUAUGGAAUAUGCAAUAAUAUUAUCCAACCCUUCUGUAAUUGUUUGACGGGUUUCAAUCCUAAGUCACUCAAUGAUUGGAAUUUGAGUGAUUACACUGGGGGGUGUGUGAGGAGAACCGAGUUGCUGUGUGGGAAUAUUACUGCUGCUAAUCGAGAGAGAGACAGGUUUUGGGAAGUUUCCAACACGAGAUUGCCUGAAUUUCCUCAAUCUGUGGCUGUUGGCAGUUCCCCUGAAUGUGAAUCUUCUUGCUUGAAUAAUUGCUCUUGCACUGCUUACGCUUAUGAUAGUAAUGGGUGCUCAAUUUGGAUUGGGGAGCUCAUGAAUCUGCAGGAUGGUAGCGGAAACACUCUUUAUCUCAGACUCGCUGCUUCUGAGUUUCCAAAGCCUAAAUUUAAAAAGGGGAUUAUUAUUGGUGCUGUUGUGGGUUCAAUUGCAUUGGUAGUCAUCUUGGUCCUCGUGUGUGUUGUUCUCUUGAAGCGACAAAACGGCAUUGUAGCAGCCCCUUGUUUCCUUUUGCGAAACACUUCUCGCUGGUUGAGCUUUCUGCAUGAAGAGAGGAUGGCAACAGUUUAUGGUUCAUUGGUUGCAUUUAGAUACAAAGAUCUGCAAAAAGCAACCAAAAAUUUCUCGGGGAAAAUUGGGGGAGGAGGUUUUGGUUCUGUUUUCAAAGGGACAUUGCCUGAUUCCACUGUCAUAGCUGUGAAGAAGCUGGAAAGCAUCAGCCAAGGAGAGAAGCAAUUUCGAGUAGAAGUCAGCACCCUUGGGACUAUCCAACAUGUUAAUCUUGUUCGGCUUUGCGGGUUCUGCUCUGAAGGUAAAAGGAAGUUGUUGGUAUACGAUUACAUGCAGAAUGGAUCCUUGGAUUCCCAUCUUUUUCAUGAAAAGGAGUCAAAGGUCUUGGACUGGAACAAAAGGUACCAAAUUGCACUAGGGACAGCUAGGGGGUUGGCUUAUCUCCAUGAAAACUGUAGAGACUGUAUCAUACAUUGUGACAUAAAGCCAGCGAACAUUCUAUUAGAUGUCGACUUCCACCCAAAAGUAGCAGAUUUUGGUUUGGCAAAGCUUCUUGGGCGAGAAUUCAGCAGGGUUCUGACAACCAUGAGAGGUACAAUGGGCUAUCUUGCGCCAGAGUGGAUAUUAGGGUUGGCCAUUACCACCAAAGUUGAUGUGUACAGCUACGGUAUGAUGCUAUUUGAAUUGAUAUCAGGAAAAAGAAACACUGAUCAAUCCGAAGAAAGGAUAGUUAAAUUCUUUCCAAUUUGGGCUGCAAGUGUAGUCGCAGAAGGUGGCGAUGUCCGUAAUUUGUUAGACCAUAGGUUGGAGAAACAUGUUGACAUUGAAGAGGUAUGGAGAAUUUGUAAAGUUGCUUGUUGGUGCAUCCAAGAUGAUGAGAAUGAUAGGCCAGCAAUGGGUCAGGUAGUUCGGAUCCUAGAGGGGAUUCUGGAUGUGAACAUGUCUCCAAUUCCUCGCUUGCUCCAAGCCCUUGUUGCCGACUAGGAGCAUAUCUAUAAUUUUUCUCGUUUCUUUACUGAUUCGUUCUUUGAUCAAAUGGAAGUCACAACUAUGGAGAAAUCCUUCAACUGUUUGCUCAGGCCAAGAGCACUGUAUUAUCCAGUUUCAAGUCUAAGACAAUAAAUCAUGGAUGUGCUUGAGCACUACAUAUUAUUGGGUUUUGUACUUGGUUGUAUUGUUUUGUUGCCUUGUGAUCAAUGUAACUGGUUUAUGGUUUUGCUGUAGGAUUGUGCAUUGUUCAACUUUUCAUGUACGUCUCUUAGAAGUACAAGUGUGUUAAAGCAAAAUAAGUCCCCAAUGUUUAGUGAAUUCUACUGUUUUCAAUGAA